AUGAAUACAGUGACUGUUUUCAAUAAGGAGAUGUAUAAGGAGAUGUAUUUAGACAACUCCCCACUAUUAGCAAAUCUAAACUUGGAUCUGAAGUCGAACGUUAGCUCUUUAUCGUCCUCUGACACGUCGUCAGAUCUGGGUGUUACCAAUCACAAGUCUUUCCCCGGAAGAGCAGAUUUGGAUAUCGAAAACAACGAUUCCAAUCUUGAGGUGGUCGAUCUGUUUUCGCUGGAUGAUCUGUGGAACUCCUCCUUGAAGAAAGACCAGGAUGGAACUUUGGACGUUGUGGGGACUUUAGAAUCAUUGAUCGAUCAAAACGAAGCAAACGUGGACUUCAAAAAUUUGGCUGCAGCCAUAACUGACCCAAGUCACCCGAACAAAGACUCAAACCAUUUGGAGUUUAUCACCGUUUUGACCAUCACCAAAGUCGUGACCCAGAUCAAUAAUGUCUUGGACUCCACCAUAAAUGAAGCCUCGUUGCAAAAGGCUUCUCGUUUGUGUUUAGCCCUUUUUGAUCUCUUCAAAUACCAUUUCGAACUGGACCAGUCCCACCCAAAUUUCGGUUUUCGCAACUUUGGAGUCCUUCUUGGGUUCAGAAAGUACAAUAUCAUCAAACCGUUCCUCACUACUACCAGUCUAGCUCCCAAAUACGGCUUCGUUGACCAACAGAAAUUGAAGAGAUGUUUUACCGUCUUGGCAUCGAUGCAUCUCAUGAAUAAACAUUUGUUUGAUAACCUAAUUUUCUCUUUCCAUGAGAAAGAGACUUGGGAUUGUUUUUGCCUUGUGUUCUCGUCGAAAUCAAGAACUCUGCCAUCUGACUCCAACGGAUUAUACUCUCUAUUCGAAAACUUCAACAAUUGUGCAACACUGAAUCAGAGCACCUUGAAUGAGGACCGAAGCUCGGAUGUUUUGCUUGAUUCUAUUUUUGCACAUGAACCGUCUGAACUUCUUGUUGAAGGUAUGAAAUCAUUGCUUAGAACACACGACAUCUGUGUCAAUUUUGAACUCUCAUUCAAACAUUUGAAUGAACUGUUGGUUAUUUACACUUCAGGUACACAUGGAAAAGAGAUGAUAGCACUGUACUUCUGGAACAAGCCGGAGGCAUUCGAGAGAAUGUUUGAGUUUGUCAACUCCGGAACGGAUAUAACCAAUUCCAAGAAAAUCGGCUACUUCCUUCUUGCGAAACUAGGAGAAUUUAUGGUCAUCAAUCUAAGACAGACCUCAGAUCAGGAAUCUUUGUCCAAAGUCUUGAUGAAGAUCAACAAUGCUAAUUUCACACAAUGUUUGGGUAUAUCUGAAGAUUCGCAACAAUACAAAAUCAAUGCCUACACCAUGAGAAUUCUUUUUGAAGUUGUGGACCAGAAUUUCAAACUCAAUUACUCCGUCGAGGAGAACUUGUUGAUGUACCUCAAAACUAGUCUGAGGACCAUAAACUCGAGUUUAGAAACUUUUGACUCUUAUCUGGAACUAUUCAAAUUGCUCACUGACAUGGGUAGCAGACUAUCGAUCUAUUCACUACUGGAGACAAUUCAGUUCGUGCUUUCAAACAAUUUGAACCGCGAACUUUUUGGAGCUUUUGGAGAGUGUGAACACACUUUGAAAGUUCUCAAGGCGCCUUUUGGGUUUGAGUUCAUCCCUCCAUUAGGAAAGUCUAAUUUCAUUUAUGAGAACAAUCUGAACCACGGAGACGAACCAGUCAAAGGGUUACGAUCAGAGACGCAACAAAUGUUUUCUGUUUUCAAGACGGAGUCUUAUCGUCGAUCUACUUCGCUCAAGCUUUUGAAAGAUUGUGUUCUGAUGUGCUCAAUCAUUAAGUCCAAAAUUUAUGUGUUUUUGAGAGAAAACAAUGACGAGCUUGGAAUCAUGAGAUUCUCUGCUGAGCAAAAGCUGGUCACCAAAGACGAAGUUCCGACGAAAACGAGAGCAAAGACAGGAACCCGCCUCGCAUUUUUCAAGUCACAACACGGAUUGGACUACAAAGUCAUGAACAAGGCAGUUGAACUAAACUUAGCUGCUACCAUCGAUUGUUUGAAGCUAUGCAAUAACUAUGACAAGGUGAUUAAGUUCUCUGAAAAUGGUUCAGAUUUUGAUGAGCCAUUCCACCGUUUACUUUAUCAUUAUCAGCUCGACUCGUUACUCAGCUUCUUGCUCAUUUACAAAGAGUUUGGAUUACUCAGUCUCUUCAAAUCGUUGAAGAACAUUUUGCUACAAGACCUUGGGUUAAUACCUAUCGCUUCUAAGGUCCUCUCGAACCUAUUUGGAUUUGAAAACACAUCCAGUCAACCUAAACUGCGUUUCAUCACUGGAAUUAUUCAUCAAAGUGAGAUUUUGUCAAAUUUAGUGAGACAAUUUGUGGAGUUGUUUGACGACGGGUAUUCGAACUCCUUUAAAUACCUUCUGAACUUUAUGAAGCUUCAUCCAUCACCAAUCAAGCCAUCCAAAAUCCCGAAAGGCACGGUUGAGUUGGAUUUGAAGCUAUUUGCUAACGCGUUUGAAACCAAGGACACAAAAGUUCAAACGGCAUGA